AUGGCUGUCUUGCGACGCAAUCUUGGCCAAGCAUCCGAUUCAGGUCGAGGGCGCAGUGGCUCAACAAUAUGGGAAGAUGAAGCUGAUGAAUAUUGGAAGAAAAUGGAACCAACGAAACAAUCACUAGAUCACGAUAGUAUCACUAGACUUAAAACCAGAUUUAUAGACGUUAUUGCCGACGCCCAAAAAAACGUCUCAAAUGCUAAUGAAGCAUUCACGACAACGUCAAAAAGCAUGGAAGAGAUCCAAGUGACGACAAAGUUGGAAGUUUCUUCCACUAAAAUGGAUCAAGAGAUCUUGCGUGGAAGCUGCCGAGUGCGCGGAGUUCAAUCCAGUUGGCAUCAGGAAAUGUGUAGAAAGCUUUGCACGCGUGACCCACAUAACGCUGCAUGUAUGAAUGGGUGCUCAUAUGGCUCUCUCACAAUGACCAAGGUGGUGUGCGACAAGAUGGAGGCAACAGAGGCCGCAUCAGCCUCGCGUUGCCCAGACGGCGUCAGCUGCUUGGAAGCUUGUCGGGCCUACGAUGAUCAACUGCCUUUCCCAGAUUUGCGUAAUUCAUGUGUCCGCGGCUGCUCCAAUAUUACUCUUUCUAUUCGCGGUACAAAAUCUAGAAAAGCUCGCAAGAGUCGUCGUGUCUAUGACUUUGACUUUAACUUCCUCUCGCGCUACUUUCACAUGCCACAGAAGGAAGCAGCAGCAGUACUAAAUGUCUCUGUUAUCACGAUUAAACGCAACUGCAAGCACUAUGGCUUCAAGUGGCCCUACCGAGCUAACAAGUACAAAAGCCGCUCUGAAGUAGUGCUUUCCGAAAAGGCCAGAGCCUUCCACGAGUUGCCACUCGAGUGUAUGAAGAAACAGAAUGAUACGGAGUUGCAGCAGUCAAGCGAAUGUGAUACCGACACGGAGAGCAACGAGGAUGACGACGUGACUACGAAUUAUUGUGAAAUUCUCUUUAUGCUCAAAGCUUCGCAGUAA